AUGGCCAAUCCUGCUCCUUGCUGCGAGGAUGGCUGUGCGGCUGCGUACAACCCUGCGGUUUGGACGUCGCGCCGCCAGUCCCUUCAGCGGCACUUGGAGGCGGAGCAUGGCGUACGGAUCCGGCGGACCGUUAAUGUGUGCACCAUCUGCGGCGACACGCUGGGCCUUCGGCCCACGACGCACGCCUGCCUGGUCAACCGGCCAGCCAGUGCGCCUCCCCCUGUUUACCGACACCAGUGUUCAACCUGCUCGAGGUCCUUCACCUCACGGAGGGGCCUCCAAAACUACGAGCAGAGGCACAGGAGGGAGGAGGCGCUGGCCAGGCAGAACGCCGCAGCUGCACCGCCCACCCGCAGCAGCACCAACGGCCUCGCCCGGACCGGCCACCGCUCCGGAGCCGCCGUCGCAGGUGGCCCCCCUUCCCCCCUUCGGAGCGGGGAGGAGGGCCUUCCGGACGAGUUGGACCAACCGCAGCAGGCCACCGUCUCACCCACCCCGAGCACCGCCUCGGACCACCUCUCCCAGGUGGUUCCGCCCACCCCCCUGCUGAGCGGUGCCGGGGACCAGACGGACGAGCCUGCUGACCAGGCAGCGGACACGAGCUCCUCGGACCAGUACGAGAGUCCUGCAGCAGAGGACCCCGAGGAGCUCCCAGGGCAGACCGCGGGGCCAGCCGUCAAGAGACCAGCGUCUCCCGAGGCGACGGCACCCCGCGGCAACGACCAGGGCGACGGCAGCACGUACGGCACGCAGGAGGAAGCAGCCGACUCCAUGGGACCAGAGGGCGGUGCCUGGGUCUUGGCGGAGGAGACGGCGGAGCUGCGGGCGUUAAGCCGGUUACCUGUAGCAGACGAGCAGUGGGCGCGGUUCGAAGAGAUACUGGACCGCGCCGAGGCAGCCGUCACCGAGCACCUGCGGCUGCCGAAUCGGGGCUCGCGCCAAACACCACCACGGCGCGAGAUUAACCCCGAUAACGCUGCUCUAAUACAGGGUCUCUACAGGAGGAACCGGCGCCGGGCCGUCCGGCUGAUUGCGGAGGGCCCUUCGCAGCUCUGCCCGAUUGACCCAGGCACCCUGCACGCCUUCUACACCCGCCUCUGGUCCCCAGCAGCAGUGGACACGACACUCCUCAGGUCACGAGCCCCCACCAACGAGAAACUGGACACGUGCCCCUUUCUACCCGACGAAGUCGCAGCCAAGCUCCGGAGGUGCGAAAGUACAGCUCCUGGGGAGGACCACCUGACCUACCACCACUGGAGGCAGGUGGACCCGGACGGGCGGUACCUGGCGGCGGUAUUCAACGUCUGCCUCCUAUACCGCCGCACACCCCAGAGCUGGAAGUCGACGAGGACCAUCCUGAUCCACAAGAAGGGCGACCGCGAGGACCCCACAAACUGGCGACCCAUUGCCCUUGGUCGAACGAUCGCCAAACUGUAUGCCGGGUGUCUUACCACCCGGCUGCAGCGGUGGUUGGGCGACCAUGCGGUACUGUCCAGGUGUCAGAAGGGCUUCCUGCCGCACGAUGGGGUGUUCGAACACAACUUCGUGCUGCAGGGACGCCUGGACGACGCCAGGACGGGAGGUGAGGAGCUGUGCGUGGGGUUCCUCGACUACGCAAACGCCUUUGGCUCGGUCGCCCAUCAGGCCCUCGUCGAUGCUGUCCGCGGCGCCGGCGCGGGGGAGGCCUUCUCCGAGAUCGUGGAGGAGCUCUACCGCGCCAACACCACCUGCGUCGUGGCAGCUGCAGGCACCACGGAGCCAAUUCCCAUCGGAGCCGGUCUAAGGCAAGGCUGUCCGUUGAGCGGCCUGCUGUUCAACUUGGUGGUGGAUCCGAUCAUCAGAGCGGUGCAGGGAGGCGAUAAGCAGCACAACAUCCUUGCUUACGCCGAUGAUCUGACACUGCUCGCCAAGGACCCCGCCACCUUGCAGCGCCGUCUCAACAUGGUGACGGCUCUAUCGGACCGGCUCGGGCUGCGACUUAAGCCCGCCAAGUGCCGAACCCUCCACCUGUCCGGGCGCUACCCGGUGGGCACACGGCCCACCACCUUCACCGUAGGGAGCGACCCGGUCCCGGCACUGGCGGACUUCGAGGGGCACCGGUUCCUGGGGCGACCUGUGGGGUUCAGGGUGCUACCGGACCAGACGACGGUCGACGAGGCCAUCCAUCUCGGCAGAAAGCUGCUCUCCUCCAUGCUCACCCCGUGGCAGAGGCUGGAUGCAAUCAAAACAUUUCUGUAUCCAGCCCUCAACUUUGCCAUGCGGGUGGGCCUCGCCAGCAAGGGAGAGUGGCAUCGCUUGGACGAGGAGCUUCGCCCGCUGAUCAAGAAGACCCUGUACGUGCCGGCAAGAGCUUCGAACGAGUACGUGUACGGGAGCGCACGUGCCGGCACUGCAGGGAUCCCUCUUGCGGCGGAGCUCAGCGACAUCUGCCGAGUGGACGGAGCCUUCAAGCUCCUGUCGUCGACCGAUCCGGAGGUCCGGGAGCGAGCGAGGGAGGAGCUCCACCGGGUGGUGUCGAGGCGGCUACGGCGAGAGGCGGAGACGGAAGACAUCGAGGCCUACCUCUCGGGCGACACGGAGGGCGACUUCCGGCAGACUGCGACGCAACUCCAGUCUGUCUGGACGGAGGCCCGCAAGGCCUCCCGUCGCCUGACCGUCGCCUGGGAGAUGUUUGAGCAGGGCGCCCGCAUCACCUGCGGGGAGGCCACGGUGUCAGCGCGGAACCGCAACAAGCUGAUCAAGACCCUCCGGGCCAUCCUCAACCAGGGCCGGGACCGUUCUCUCCAGGACAAGCCGAACCAGGGCAAGGGGAUGGCGUGCGUAGCGGCGGACCCCGCCAACUCACACUUCAUGAGGUCCGGCCGCUACACCCGCUUCAAGGAGUGGCGCUUCAUCCACCGGGCCCGGCUGAACCUCCUCCCCCUCAACGGCACACGCACCUGGGUGCCCGCAGCAGACAAACGGUGCCGACGCUGCGGGUACGUGGAGGAGACACUGCCGCUCGUUCUUUGCCACUGCAUGCGGCAGAGCCGGGCCAUGACGGAGCGCCACAACGCCAUCGUCGCGCGCCUCAAGAAGGCGGCCCUGGGUCGGUUCACCGUCAUCGGAGAGAACCAGCAGGUCGGCGUCCCCGGCCUGCGGCCCGACCUGGUCCUGGCCCGAGGAGAGGAGGCCCUGAUCCUGGACGUCUGCUGUCCCUUCGACAACCGUAUGCAGGCGUUCCAGGAGGCCCGGAGGAUCAAGGAGGAGAAGUAUGCCCCUUUACAGCAACAUCUCCUCCGGCGGUUCCAGCGCGUCUCCGUCGAAGCCAUCGUCGUCGGCUGCCUCGGCUCGUGGGAUCCGGGCAACGACCGUGUCUGCCGCAGGUUAUGCUCCAAGAACUACCUGCGGACAAUGAAACGCCUUUGCGUCAGUGACACGGUCGCCGCUUCCACGAACAUUUACCGGCAUCACAUCGGUCGGCGGUGA